AUGGGUAAAGGAGGAGGGUGUAUGCCAAGUAAAAACAGGGCACCAUUGGGUGCACCUGAUCACGACGGACCGGCUCCAGUAAGUGACAGAUCAAUCUCAGUUGAAGGUGAAAACCCUAGUAUUGAAACAUCAGCCCCAAUUCAGGAUGGGGCAAUUCUGCAGAAAGACACCAAGAAAUUGAGAAUAUUCAUAGUGUUUUAUUCAAUGUAUGGACAUAUAGAGGGCCUGGCCAAGAGGAUGAAGAAAGGAGUUGAUGGGAUUGAGGGUGUUGAAGGGAUUUUGUAUAGGGUUCCUGAGAUUUUGGCACCGGAGGUUUUGGGGCAAAUGAAGGUGCCCCCUAAAGGGGACGAGAUUCCAGUGAUAUCGGUUGACAAGUUGGUCGAGGCCAAUGGUUUUCUGUUCGGGUUUCCCACUAGGUACGGGUCCAUGGCUGCACAAAUGAAGGCCUUUUUUGAUUCCACCGGGAAUUUGUGGAGUGAGCAGAAACUCGCUGGAAUCCCUGCAGGGUUCUUUGUCAGCACCGGAACACAAGGAGGCGGACAAGAAACCACUGCGUGGACAGCAAUAACACAAUUAGCCCAUCAUGGUAUGAUCUAUGUUCCAAUUGGAUACACAUUUGGCGCAGGGAUGUUUAGAAUGGAUUCUAUUAGAGGUGGUUCGCCUUACGGGGCCGGAGUUUUCUCAGGGGAUGGCACGAGGCCACCAAGUGAAACCGAGCUUGCUCUUGCAGAGCACCAAGGAAAGUACAUGGCUAUGAUCGUUAAGAGAUUUUAUCAUUCUUCUGCCUGA